UUCCAGAGAAAAAUAAAAUGUUUUUGUUAUUUCCAUUUAGUUGACCGUGCGAAUGCUACAAGCAAUUAUAUAUCGUUUAUUCAAAUAAAUUUUGUUAUACACAAGAAGGAAAAAAAGAGUAAUUUUAGUUUAGUUUAUAUUAAACGAUGAUCAGUUAACAAAAUGUGCGAUAAAAACAGUGUCUGAUUAGAGCAUAUCCCAAACAAAAUAUCAAAAAACGCUUUGCUCAAAUCAAAUUUAAGAAACUACAAUAAAUUAUGUGGAACAGCAGCCUAAAGACGAAUCAUCAAUAUGUCUGCAGAAAAAUCAAAUGCGCCAACAAAUGAAGCCAGCAACAUUGUGCUAUUAAAUACGUUUGUGAUAUUAAAAACCAAUUGUCGUGUCUUAUUCCAUUCGGAUGUUUUGGUAUGGGAAAAAGAGAAUUCGAAGAAAGACAAAACAACUAUUCCAAUAUGUGAUAUAAUUAGUAUUAAAUUACAAUUAACCAAUGCUGACAAAAGGAACAAAUUGAUAACAUUGCCAACGGAUCAGCCCAGAUGCUUUACAGUUUACUAUGCAAAACAAUGUGAUAAACAGAAUAAAUGGCGACGAUACAGCACUACAUUUUACCACAACGACUCCAGAACGAUAAAGAUUUGGUUUGCAACCAUUCAAGACGCUUUAAAUGACCAAAUCAAUCGCCCGAAAUCGUUGCUACUAUUCGUGAAUCCAUUUGGUGGCAAGCAAAACGCUCAGAAAACAUACGAAAAAUAUGGCAAGCCAAUGUUCCAAUUAGCCAAUAUUGAUGUGGACGUAGUUGUUUCGCAGAGACCUAAUCAGAUCCGUGAUAUUAUUUAUAAGCAAGCCUUAAGCCAAUACGACGGCAUUGUGUGUGUGGGUGGCGAUGGAACGUUCAGCGAAGUGUUCAAUGGUCUACUGUAUCGUGAAUUGAAGGACCACAAUUUAGAUCCCAUCAAUCCAGAUUACAUUCCAAAGCCAACGAUUCCCAUUGGCAUCAUUCCGGCGGGCAGUACCGACACAGUGGCAUUUUGUUUGCAUGGCACGACUGAUGUUCAAACCGCAGUGCUUCACAUUAUAUUGGGCCAGGUGAAAGGAUUGGACCUAUCUAGUGUAUCGAACGAAACGGGUCUGAUCAAAUUUUAUGCAAGUUGCAUGUCAUACGGAUACCUGGGUGAUGUGGCGGUAGAUAGCGAGAAAUUCAGAUGGAUGGGACCGAAGCGCUAUGAUUAUUCGGGUUUCAAGAAAUUUAUGCUCAACCGUGGCUACGACAGUGAGAUAACGAUGCUGCUAAGUGAGCGCAAUUCGAAUCCACUGGACGGCGUAAUGUGCGUAGAAAAUUGUAAACGAUGCGAUGAAUCGAUUGUGGAGAACAACCGAACUGUGAUAAAGGAAACGAUCAAUGACGACAAUAAUUUUGGUUCGAAUGGUGUGUAUCCAACGAAUGUGACGGCCGAAAUAGACGAAAGAUGGAAAAUUGUAAAGGGAAAAUUUUUCAUGGUUAACGGUGCCAACAUAUCUUGUGCAUGCUCGCGCAGCCCGAAUGGAUUUUCGAAGUUCUGCCAUUUGGGUGAUGGAUGCGUGGAUUUGGUACUGAUACGACACACAACGUUCUUGAACAACUUGAAACUUUUGCUCACCAUGUCCAAUAAAAAUGGACGACUGUCUGACUUACCCUUUGUGGAAAUAUAUCGAGCCAAAAAAUUUACACUCCGCUCACCGAUUGCUCAAAAUGAUUCAAACAUUGGCAGUUCGACGCAACCGAUACCAUUGUCAAAUCACUCACACAGUCAGUGGAAUUGCGAUGGUGAAGUGAUACACGAAUCUGAUUUGACUAUCAAAACUCAUUGCCAGCUGAUCAAAGUAUUUAUGAGAGGCACGUGUCAGUCAAUCUCAUCGGACGAUGUAGAACAUCCGUCAAUUUGCUGUGCUUUAUGUCGUUUAUAACGAAUGUUGUGCGAUCUUAUGGAUCUCACCUUAAGCAGGCUAUUUAUCUCGAAAAAGUGGACCUUAAAUCUUGGUAUACGUUUUAUAUCAAAAAGAAGAAAAAUUGCUUUUAAUAGUAAAGACUAGGAUGAGGGUAGUUUAACACGUCGUUAUAAUAGAUUUUUGUUAAUUUAUUUUGUAAAGUUUUCACUGCUCGAAAACUCUAAAGAAAUCAGUUUUGCUCACUUAACAAUAAAUUGUUUUAAAAAAAAUAUUUUAGAAAAUGGCAAAGUAUUAAAAGAGAAAAUGGUGUCCCGGUACGGCUCACAUUAACACUUGUUCUCUGUAGAUAGUAGAUUUUUAUUAUAUAACUUUUCGGUUGGGACUAUAUGUUGUUGUUAUGCAGAGAUUUGAAUAAACCAAAUUGAAAAAAAUUUA